AUGAAGGGAAAUUUAGAUUUUAUGAAUAGCGACGACGAGGACGUUGAUAAUUCCGGGCAAGGACUUAACGAUGACAGAGAUAUCGAUAUCUCCAGCGCUUUGCUCCCAUCUUCAUCCAAGAAGACGGUGGACGACGAUGAUGACGAUCAGUUUAUUCUCGAUGUUAUGCAAUCUGCCAAUAAAAACAAAGGAAAGGAAGUUGCAAAGGAGCUCAACAAAGGCAAAGCUAAAGGCCCAAAAGCUAAAGCUCAAGUCGGCGGUGGCAGCUUCCAGUCGAUGGGAUUGAAUCCUUCUCUCCUGCGUUCACUCUUCUUGCGCGGUUUCAAUCAGCCUACACCCAUUCAGCGUCAGACUAUCCCCCCAAUUUUGUCUACACCUCCCAGGGAUCUCGUCGGUAUGGCUCGUACGGGCUCUGGUAAGACUCUUGCAUAUCUUAUCCCUCUGGUACAAAAGCUAGGCGCUCAGCACUCUAUAAGAUUCGGUGCAAGGUCGCUGAUCCUCGCACCUUCUCGUGAAUUAGCCUUGCAGAUAUUGCGUGUAGGUAAGGAACUUGUCAAAGGCUACAAGAAAGAAAUGGGAGAAGGCCAAGAAGAGAUACGCUGGUCUGUUAUUGUCGGUGGUGAGAGCUUAGACGAUCAAUUCUCUUUAAUUGCUAGCAAUCCUGACGUAAUCAUCGCAACACCUGGUAGAUUACUCCACUUGGUUGUAGAGAUGAACCUGGACUUGAAGAGUGUUGAGUAUGUUGUCUUCGAUGAAGCUGAUCGCUUGUUCGAAAUGGGUUUUCAGCUUCAACUUCAUGAACUCAUUUCAAGGCUUCCUACAAACCGUCAAACACUGCUCUUCUCAGCUACCUUACCAAAGACCCUCGUCGAGUUUGCUAAAGCUGGUCUUGUUGACCCCAAGCUGGUCAGAUUAGACGCAGAGUCUAAAGUCAGCGAAGAUUUAGAGAUGGCUUUCUUAAGCGUCAAGCCUUCAGACAAGGACAGCGCCUUACUGGCUUUACUAAAGGAUGUUAUCAAGGUUCCACCCGGUUUUCAGGAUGCUCAGAAAGUAUCCAGUAAAGAUGACAAGGAAAAAAAGCGCAAAAAAACACCUAUGCCUUCAUUUUUGAAACCAUUCCAAACCAUGAUCUUCACGGCUACAAAGCAUCACGUCGAAUAUCUCAACACAUUACUCAAAGCUGCUGGUUUUGCAGUUGCACACAUUUAUGGUUCCCUAGAUCAAACUGCUCGUCAGAUGCAAAUGGAUCAAUUUAGGAGGGGUAUAUCAACCAUUCUGGUUGUUACUGAUGUUGCCGCGAGAGGUAUAGAUUUGCCUGGAUGUGAAAACGUUAUCAACUACGAUUUCCCUACUGGUGCUAGAAUUUUCGUCCACAGAGUUGGUAGAACAGCAAGAGCAGGUAGAAAGGGUACUGCUUGGUCAUUUAUCACAAACUCCGAAUUGCCUUACUUGCUCGACCUCUCGCUCUUCUUGGCCAGACCGUUGGUAUCACCAACCUCGCCCACUAACAGAGACAAAGCUGAAGAGCUUGCAUCCAAGAAUACACUUACAAUCGGUACUAUCCCAAGAGAUACACUUGAUCCUUACGUGGAGUACCUUGGUGCACCAAUACUCAACGAAGCACCAAACCUCACAGCUUUGCACGGUGUCAUGAUGCGUGGUCAUGGUCUAUAUGAACGCAGUCAGGGUAAGGCUUCAACAGAAUCAUAUAGACGUGCAAAGGAUAUCAUCAAAGAUGCGAGAUGGGGAUUUGCUGGAACAUCAGGAGAAGAUCGAGCAAUGCAUCCAGCAUUUGAAGGUACAGCUGCAGAAACUAUGCAAGUUGACGAUGAAACUGCCCAGAAAAGAGCUGAUUUACUUUCGGUUGUAAAUGGCUUCAGACCUAAUGAGACUGUUUUCGAGAUUGGCCAUCGUGGUAACAACGACAGUGCUAAGCUGAUGAAAGAGAGAAGAAAGGAUCUCGCUAAAGCUGAGUAUAGAUUACAUUUGAAGGAGAAAGAGAAAGCUAUUGCUGAAGAAGCGGACGGUGAAGUUGCGCCAGGUGACACCACCAAGGAGGCAGACAGAGAUGUGCAAGAGCAGGAGCAAGCUGAUGAAGAUGAUAUAGAGGCUGUUUUCGAUACUGGUAGUAAGAAAAAGCAGAAGAAGGACUUCCGUGAUCCAAAUUUCUACAUGGGCUAUGAACACGCAGAUGCUCACACUGACAAAGGAUAUUCUUUACAAGACGGUGUAACAUUUGCAGAGCAAGCACGCUCCGCUGAAGUUAACUUGAUGGAUGACGAGCAACUGAAGGUGAACAAAACAGCACCAUCGCAGGUAAAGUGGGACAAAAAGAAAAAGAACUUUGUCCGAGGUGGAGGUGUUGGUUCAGACAACCAGAAGCUUAUCAAGACAGAAUCAGGUACACGCUUACCGGCAACAUUUAAAUCUGGCAAGUUUGACGAAUGGAGAAAGAAACACAAGAUGGAGCUACCACGUACAGGAGAGACAGAGGAGAAAAAUCACAAAGCCUUAGCAAUGAACAUGAACGGUGGCCUUGGUGGAAAGAAGUACAGACACCACAAGACGACAGAAGCAAAACCACUCGAUAAGAAGGAUAAGAAUUACGAAAAGAAGGUACAGAACCGCAACAAGAAGAAUAAUCCAGAUGGCGCUGCUUCUGAUGGCAAAGCUAGGAGAGGCGGUAAUGCGUCUAACAAGAAGAGUGAAAUUAAGAGCGUCGAUGCUAUCAGGAAGCAGCGUGAAAUGGCUAACAAGCGUAAAGAGAAGAACGCUCGUCCAACCAAGAAGAAAAAGUAA